AUGGGCCUCGUUUGUUGGCUCUCAGCUCAGGCCAUGCCGGCUCGAACAGUGCCGGACAGUGCCCUCACCUGGAAGCAUGAGUACAAGUCCUAUUCAGCUAUGGGCCUGCCCUACGUUUCUCUGGGGGUGCUCUUCAAGAUGGUGGUGAUCUCAAUCGCCUUGGCAGUCAUGCUGUACGGCACCAUAAAGGCGCUGAUGGCUGCCGUCAAGAAGCUUAUGAAAAUCAUCAACAAGAUGACCCAUUAUGCGAGAAGCAUCACGCCGCCCAGUUCUGACUCCUUCCCCGACAUUCCUGGACUUCCAAAGAUACCGAAGCUGAAGAUCCCGGACAUCCCAGGGAUUAGUCCACCGAAGCUUAGCCUAGGCUCGGCUGCCAAAAUGCUGGGAAUGGGAGCGGCGGCGCUGACGGCACCGCUGGCAAUUCUUGCUGCCAUUGCAUUGCUCAACAGGUACCGCAUCUUCAAGGCGAGGCUGUGGCCACCACUCUCAGGCCUUCCGGGUCUGCGAAAUGGCCUGUACCGUCUGCCUUACCGCGGUUUCAAGGGUGUGUUUUCGCACUUGCCCUACUUCGACCAGCUCUACAAUGCAGGUGGGCUGACGCUGCCCAUUUUAGGCUUGCCCAAAGCCGCGCUGAAUCCAGGCAAACAGCCUAUGGUGCCGGCUCGCAUCAACAAGCCCAGAAUCGACGGUGCUGCAGCUGUGGACUAUGACACGGUCAUGAAAGAGUACGACUUCUCCCAUGGUGUCGACCUUGGAAAGAGUGUGCUGGUGCCCUCCAUCAUCCUGAACCUUUCUAUGCGGUUCAAGCAGUUCAAGGAGAUGAUACCAUUUAUGGGGCCUCCGACCGUGAAAGAAAUGUUUGGAACGGAGAGCCUCAUGAAGAAGCUGACACGAGCUCUUGUGAAAGGAGCUAUGGCUUACGGAGCCUACAAGGCAACGGGCUUCGUUGCCGAGGGAACUUGCCGGUGGCCUUCAGAAUCACUGGCUGGAACCUCAGCUUCGAGCUUCACACUGCCAGAACAUAGGCUUGUGCUCGAGCAGUUCUCUGGGACAGGCUUAAACGGACAUCAUGAAAGUCAUCUGGGUGAGAGGCCCGCGAAGACCUCCCCAGUCAUCCAGGCUGGAAUGCUAGAAGAGGUGGUGGGCCUCGUGCUAACCUUACAGGACCUUACAGCAGACGCAUCAGCAGACCGCACACGCGCAUCACCGUCUUUGCCCCCUCGCCGUCCUAUCCUAUCUCCCUCGCUGUCUUCUGUGUGUCUCGCAUAA